UCAACAACUCUUCCUCUUAUCCAGAAGAAGAAGAAGAAGAAGAAGAACCAGUAGAGGAAAUUGCAGGCAUGGAUAUCCACAGCAUCAGCCGCUAUUUGCUUGGUGACCAGAAGGAUGAUAACUGUUUGGAAAAAGCUGCUUCUGAUUUAGUCGAAGGGAGGAAUUUGAAUGUGAGGGGCCCUAGUUCUACAGUUAGAGAGAAUUCUGGUGAGAAAAGGCCUCGGAAUCGGUACAGGGGAGUGAGAGAGCGGCCAUGGGGGAAAUUUGCAGCGGAAAUACGAGAUCCAUCUAAGCAGGGGGCUAGAGUUUGGUUGGGUACCUUCAAAUCCGCUGAAGAAGCUGCGCUCGCAUAUGACCGUGCCGCCUUCCGAAUGCGCGGAUCGAGAGCUGUGCUUAACUUUCCCCAGGAAAUCGCCAACUACAGACAGUCGUCGGAGACUCGAACUGGUUUGGCCUGUGGGCAUAUGGAGAGCAACAGUAGCUCUAAAAAGAGAGUGAGAGAAGAGACUGAGGCAACGGAGAUGGUGGAGGAGUUGCUUCGUGAUUGAAUUAAAGAAGGGAUGCGGUUAAUCUGGUUUCAAAAUAGUUGAUUAAUCUUUAAUCUUUAGUCGAAAAAUAAAAGGUUCAACACAAUCUGUAAUUUUCGAUUUACCUUCAUGUUAUGCAGAAAUCUGAACAUUUUUAAAACCAGAUUAGCUAUAGCCUUAAAGAAGCACAUCUGGAUAUUUGUUAUUGUCUUUUCUGGCGGUGAUCAAGACUUACCCAUAUACGAAUUAUAUGUAACUCGUUGUAAUCCAGUCCUUUUUUUUAAGAUACCCAUGUAUUCUAUUUUAUU